UUGUUAUUAUUGAGAUCGGCUUGCAAGUUCUGUUGUUGUCGCGCGGCCCGCCGCUCGCGCUGAUAACACGAUGCCUCGCCGGCCUGCGCACGCGCAUCAGCUUUAAGCUCUCCCGCUCUGGAAUGGAUAUUCGAUGUGUGCUAAGUGCCUUGACGAUAUUUUAUUGUGAUUUUUUUUUGUACGUGUGAGUGGUUAAUCGAAUUAACAUUGACGGAUUGUUGACUAUUUUUUUAUUGGACUUUUCGUGAUUUGAAAGUAAAAGUGCUGUAUAUUUCAAAAUUGAAAAACUUAGCCAAGGGAUAUAUUUCACGUGUUUUCGGACAAGAGUUGGAAAACCGCCGCCAAACUGUCUACCGCAAAUGAGAUUAUACCCAGUCACCACGUCCAAGCGCUAAUAGGUCGGUGGCGCACGAGCCCGAUGAGCGCGUGCGCGGCGGCCGCCAUGCGCGAAAAGCACGCGGCGCCGCGCCGCCUCGCCUCCCCGCCCUCCUCGCCCCUAGAGCGACACCCCAGCCCCCUCGGCUCCCCGCGCGCCGACGAGCCCCUCGACCUGCGAGUCACGCACAAGCGCCCGCAGCGGCUGGAAGAUGAGAACUGCAACCUCAUCAUCCCCUCGCCGCCUCCGCACCCGACGCACCCGACGCAUCCAGCCCACCCGGCGCACCCCGCCCUGCUGCAGUUCUGUCGGCGCCUGCCCCUCGCCCUGCCGGCGUCGUUCGGCCGCUACCCGUUCCUACCGGCGGCGGCCGCUACCCUGCUCGCGCCCGGCGCCCCGCGUGCGCCGCCCGUCCCGCAGAACCCCGGAGUAAACAGGGCCCGCGACCGGUACACCUGCUCCUAUUGUGGGAAAGCGUUUCCGCGUAGUGCGAACUUGACGAGACAUUUACGGACACACACGGGCGAACAGCCCUAUCGCUGCAAGUACUGUGAACGAUCCUUCUCGAUAUCGUCCAACCUGCAACGGCACGUGAGGAACAUUCACAACAAAGAGCGGCCGUUUCGGUGUCGUCACUGCGACCGGUGCUUCGGCCAGCAAACAAAUUUGGAUAGGCAUCUGAAGAAGCACGAAGCGGAAAACGGGGACGACAACCGUCGGAGAUCUCCGGAAGAGACGUACUUUGAGGAGAUCAGGUCGUUCAUGGGCCGCGUGGCGCCAGCGCGUCGCGCCGGCACGGCGGCCAGUGUCGCGGACCACACCUGAUAGCAAACUUUAACAAGCCCCCAAAACAAUAAUCUGGUCGAUACAUCCAAAUGACUCUUAUGUGUAAUUACAACCGUACGUCUGACUUUGUGGAUUGACGCUUUACAGAUUUGUAAGCCGCGCCAUUUCUACUACUAUCACACCAAAUGAGCAAUAUGUGAAAUUUCAUUCUGACUGCACAAUUCUGUAAGUAAAGUUGCAUGUACAUGCACAGAAAAACAAUCAAUUGUUAACGCUUUUAAUUAUUUUCAUAAAAAAUGGCGCUGAAAAGUGAAAAUGACAAUGUGUCGGCUUUAAGGUUAUAAAGAAGUGAUAUGUAUACUUUAUGUAAAUAUAAAGCUAUCGUUCAAAGUAGUUAAGUUAGAACGCUUACCGAAUUUUUACUACCGAUAAAGAUAUACGAACUAGAAUUUAUUUUAUAUUCAUUGUGCAUAAAGACGUAAAAUAUAUAAGAUUCUGAGAUUAAGUGUUCAGAGAGUGUUCGCUACUUUAGAUUUAGGUAACUAUAAAAUAUAAAUGUAUGAAUGUAAGUAGUUUUGUAUUAUUUUUUUGUAAAUUUUGCUUCAUUUGAUGUUAUGUUAGUAUUUUAGUCUGAGAGGAAACGCCGGUUACCAAUAAACAUAUAACUUGUUGCUUAUUGAUGAUAUGAAUAAUUUUAUAAAAUGUUAGAAAACUUGUUUAAAAAUUGAUCUGAUCGAUAUUCUGUGUGUUGCGUAAACUAUUUACUUUAUCUAUUUACACCGGCUGUAUAAAUAUGUAAAGAGGUAGAGCAAUUUACACUUGAAUACGACGUUUGACGUCCAAGUGUAAAAGGGUCUCAAUUUCCUCUACUUUGUCGGUUGUAAAGACAGUGGCACUCAUUAAUGAAUUCUUACAGUGAAGUUAUGUAACUUUGUUUUUCAACAUAACAAAAACAGUCAACGAAAAAUGGGAUUUUGAGGUUUUGUAUUCUUCUAGUACCUAAAUGUGUUCAGCGGUACCAAAUGAUUUAAAAUAUUAUGUCUUCCGUUAUAAAGCAUCCUAUAAUAAAGUUAAUUAAAUCAAUUGUUCGUUGAAAGUCAAAAUUAUGUUGAAAACCAUUGCUAUCCAAUUUGACAGUAGAUUUUUGAGCAAAGCCAUAAAGUAGAUGAUAUUUUUAUUCAUGUGACGAUAUGCGAGUCACAAUGAUUGUUAUGUUUAAAAUAUUACGCAAAUUAGAAAGUAUCUUUUUAUAUUUUUCAGAGAUUUUAAAUAGAAAAUUUUAUAUUAAAUAUUUUGUUUAUCUAUUGACAAACUCAAGGUUUGUUUCUAAAUCGUUUUACUAAAUUAAGAUAAUAAAACAACUGUGAUUUUAUUUAUUACUUGGCCACUAUUGGAUCCGUGUAUAAUAUGAUUGUUGUAUCAGUUUUAUUGACGAAGUCUCUCAAAGAACUAAUGUAAACGUUCCUUUAAGUAUAGAUAGAUCUCUAUUAUUGUUACGAGUAUAAAGUAUUCUAUGAUAUCCUUUUUCACAUCUUGCUUUGUUUUAUAUUUAUAUACAUUAUCAACAUAUAAAAAAUUUUACUGAAGACUUGAGCUAAAAUAUUCGAAAUUAUGAAGAAAUUAUACAAUAUCUUUAUGUAGUGAUUCUCAUUGAUAUGAAAGUGGUUUAGUAGCAUCAAACAUCAUCGUGUCAUAGAUAAAAGUAUAGAUUAAAAUCCAAUAACUAAUAAUCCUGAAUAAAUGUCUUGCCAUGUAAUAAUGAGAAAAUUUUUCUUUAUUACUUAUGCCUAUUAAAUAUAAUGUAAAUAUUUUACUAUUAAAUGUAAAACUACGUUUGUUUUACAUUUAAUAGUAAAACGGAGUUUAUGUCAUCGAUUUUAUAUAAAACGUAUAUUAUUAUAAAACGUGAAAGCGUACGUCCUCAGUGUAGGCGUAUUACAAAUAUCCGCGACGUACAAAACUUCUAAAAUAUGAAAAAAACGCCAUUGCGCUCGCCCGCAGUCAGUGUGCCUAGUGGGAGUUUUCAAUAUUUACAUACUGUUACUAUCGCGUUAACGUAAACGAGAAUUUAUACGGAAUAGAAACAGUUGUGCAGUUAGUACCACUAGAUGGCGCUUUUGGAAAUUCGCGUUUACGUAAACACGAUUGUCACAGUAUCAAACUGCUACUAGGCCAUCAGGGCAAAUUUUCGAGUAUUUUUUUCCAUCAUUCAGUUUAUACUCGUAAACUUGCUAGGUAGAGAAACAGGUAGAUUUGGUUUCACACAUUGGAUAUUAAAAAAAUAUCCAUUGCUCAUUAAAACCCUUUCUUUGGUGAGGUUUAAAAUUAGCGCCUUGGUAAUAUAUUAGAAUAAAAUAAACAAUUUAAUAUAUAUUUUAUUUUAUUAAAAAUAUUGUUUUCUUAGUUUACAUAUCUGGUGAGACCGGUUUUUUUAAAACACUUUAGAAGAAUUACUAUUUAGAGUACACGACACUCCAUGUACGUAUAUAUUUUCUAAGAUAUUUAUAGAUUUUGCAUAGGUUAACAAUUAUAAUUUAUGUAUAAUUUGGAAAACAGUAUUGUAUUGCAAUAUAAAGGCAGGUCAGACUACUUAUUAUGCUAUUUUUUUGUAUUCGAGUAAAACCAAAAACAAUUUUGAAGUCAGUAGAGCCUAAAGGUGAGGCAUAUGUGCAGACUCAAACGACAAAUAGAGCAUGCACUUCUUCGUAUUAGAUGCAUGCAUGCGUAUAUGGUUACCAGUAUGUGUGACCGCGGGUGACGCGAAAAUACGCUCGUGCGUUCCACGAAUCGCUCCACCGAACGCUUGUCACUUGGACCAAGCAUAAUAAGGCUAUACAAAGUCUACGAGUAUAUCAAGCUGACAGCUAUCCUUUAAAUUUAAAAUUGUUAAUACCAUCACCAGUGCCUGUCAAUCUGGUGUUUGGAGAUUUGUAAUACCAAAUUAACACCAAUAUCAUUGUACGAAUGAUAAAAAUUAGUUUGAACGACAUGUGUGCUAUAAAAUAUAAGCUAAUUAUAGAGUAGUCUGGUCUGCAUUUAAGUGCUCGAUGUUAAGGCCUGCGUAUGCUGAGUAACAAGCCACGCUGAACACGCGACGAGCUUAUGCUAUGAUCAUAGAGAUGCUAAUAACAAUGCAAUAUAAAUGGCGUGUGUCCAAACUAUAGAGACAAGUGUCGCCAACGGGUACUUGGCUCUAGAUUGAUACUUUUCUAAAAUGUGGGUACACUAUGCAGUGUAAGAAAAACAUUUAUUUUUAUAAAGUAGCACACUGCAGUUAUUAUCAAAUAUAAAACGCAAUGUAGUUAAUACUUAUAAUACCUACUGUCAGUUGCAAGGACUACGCGUCUCUUGAAUUUUAGAGAUGCAGUUAUCUUGCUUGCAUACUAUUUCUAUUGCCUUAAUAAGGAUUUUUAUAGUUACGAUAUAAAAAAUCCCAAUGGUCAAUAUGUAAUUACGCAUCUGACCAGAAGUAAUUACAGCAACAGGAUUUUUUUGACUUACAUCUUAAAUUGAUUUUGUCAUGUGAUGUGCGAAACUGCGCCAUUAAGUUUCUAUAUAGUACGUGUUGAGAAGCAGUUCCAAACUAAUAUUUUCAUGUCACAAUACAAACUUGAAGAAUGCAUAUUUGAUCUAGCACUAAAAAUAAGUUAAUUCUGCAUAUACUAUUGAAAUAUGCAGCGCCGGAUUGCUUUUAGAAUAUUCUUUUCUUUCUUAACAUAAGCUAGCGAGAGUCUAUAAAGUGCGGGGAUAUCGCCGCAGUUGAACGAAACACAAUAGUGAUAAGUGGUGUCUUCUCUAGUACUUAUAGUAACUCAAUGGCCGAAGCAAAGUUUCUCAGUGUACGCUUAACUUGGCAAGAGUUUUUUUUUCUAUUACAUAGGUAUACACUUAAUACAAUUCUGUACUUAAUUCAUAAUUUUAUUUGGCGUUUACAUUUUCAGAGUCGUUGUUACCUUUUAAUAUAAAACAUUUUGCCAUGUCUUUACUGUUUAGUAUACUCGUACCAAAUCUAUUAAACAAGUAAGAGACGCUAUUUAACUUAUCACUAGAUUGUGUAAGAAAUAGAGAUUAUUACCUGUCGUUUUUUUUGUACUUUUGAUACCUAUUAGUCGUUUGAAGGUCACCGAUUACCUUGUCAAAAUGAAAUAAAUAACAUUAAAUCGAA